CUUUCCCGCAGGCGAAGACGGGGCGGAGCGUUGCGGGCCCCAGAGGAGGGGACCCUGUGGCAGGUAAUAAAUCAUCCCCAGUCAAGAUGUCUUCAGCACCUGAGCCUCCAGCCUUUAAAAAGGAGCCGCCCAAAGAGAAAGACUUUCGAAACCCAGGGCUCAGAGGGGUCCAAACGACAACGUUAUUUCGAGCUGUGAAUCCGGAGCUCUUCAUUAAACCUAACAAACCCGUGAUGGCUUUCGGAUUAAUAACCCUUUCACUGUGCGUGGCUUAUAUCGGUUAUCUACAUGCAACACAAGAGAAUAAAAAGGACCUCUAUGAAGCUAUCGAUAGUGAGGGACACAGCUAUAUGAGGAGGAAAACAUCUAAAUGGGAUUAAUAGUGCUGGUUACUAUGGAUGGAGCUAAAUAAGGGCUCUGGAAUCAUCAAAUGAUAGACUUUUUAAAUACACAAUAUCAUGUUUCUUGUACAGUUGCAACCAAACCACUAUAGUAAAAAUUUUUCUUUUCAAAGCUGCAGCCAUUAUCUUAUUCUUUUUCCACAGGAAACGACUCAAUGUAUUUUUUAAAUUAAAUCCUCUUAUAAAAGUA